UUUUUCUCUCUCCUCUCUUCGUCCCCGCGUGGAGAAGGAGAGAGAGAAACAGGGGAGCGCCCCCCACUCCUCUUCGCUGCCAAGAAACCACCAUUCCUAACGGAUUUCUACCCAGUCUUCUUUAGGAUUUCCGAUUCGGUUCUCCGGUGAGAGGGUGGGAAUUUUAUUUUCCUCCGCUGCAACCGGUGCAAACAUUUCGAAUCCCUCCAUUCCAUUCCUCUCCGUGCAAUCGGCCAUUCAUAUGCUCUUUGGCUGCAUUGAGGCAUCGGUACGCGAAUUUUGAUGUGAGCUGACCAGACAUGGCUGCGAAAGACGGCUCGGGAUCACAAGAUCUGGGGGGGCACACGUUCUGGCCCAUGCUGUCCUACGCUUGCGGCGAGCUGUGUGUGAUCGUACUGCUCUACGUGUCUGCCCUGGCGUCCUAUGCGGCCACGAGGCUGGCGCGCGUCUGCGGGCUCCGGCCGCCCUGCAUCCUGUGCGGGAGGCUGGACCACGCCCUCCACGGGAAGCCAUGGUUCUCUUCGGACUUGGUCUGUGCCGCGCAUCGGUCUGAGAUCUCGUCUCUGGCUCACUGCAAGACCCAUGACCAGCUUGUUGCAUGCUCCGGCGAUCUCUCUCGGCCUACGUCGGCCAGGUCAAGAAGGUUGUGUUCUUGUUCGGAUCCACUCAAGAAUGCUCGCGGCGCGCAGAAGCAUUCUGAAGCAGCCAAUGCUGUGGAGUCUUGGGAUAGCAGUGUACCUGCAGAUCAUCCAAAUGAGAAGACUUUUGUGGUGGGCAUUGAGGAAGUCCAUGAAUCAGAUGGUUCGCCAGGCUCGCAUGGACAAUCUACAAAGGACAGCGCCCCUUCUGCGAACGGUGGUGGGGCAGCAAAGAGCAACUACAUAUCGCCCGCACCAACACGCAUCGCUGUCGACCGCAACGGCAGUGUGAAGAAUGCUUCCGUCGCUAGGGCCAACUUGACAUCUCCUCGGCCAUCAGAGAUCAUCUCUGCCAGGGACAGCAAUUCCACGACCCAGCAAGAAGUGAAGGCGCUCCUCUCUCAGAUGUCAUCUGUGCGGGGCCUCGAUGGUUCUUCCAGUGAAGGAUCUCCUAGCCCCGGUACCAGCGCUCCGAACGAAGAGAGCAACCCUGCGGCAGCGAGCAAGAGGCCGUAUCUCGAGAGGAACUACUCCGUGCUGGAACCUUCAGAAGGGAGCCAGCUCGCCGACGACGUGGAAGGGGAAAGCUCUCUCGAGAACGUGAAGAAACAGCUUGAGCUCAACAAGAAGGCAAUGGCCGCUCUUUACAAGGAGCUUGAGGAAGAACGGAGCGCUUCGGCGGUCGCGGCUAGCCAGACGAUGGCCAUGAUCAAUAGGCUGCAGGAGGAGAAGGCUGCAAUGCAGAUGGAGGCUCUGCAGUACCUGAGGAUGAUGGAACAGCAGGCUGACCACGACCACCUGGCGAUUCAGGACCUGCACGAUUUGCUUACGGAGAGGGAGAAAGAGUUGCUUGACUUGGACGCUGAGCUCGCGCACUGCAGGAGGCUCCUGCAGAACGAUCCGUUCAACGGCGACGGACGUAAUAAUGGCGCUGACACAGUGAACACAACGAUUGACGGCAGAAAUCCGGCGGCGAUCGAAUGCUUGGAUGGCGCGGACCUUGUGGGGAGCGCCAUGUCGCUUUUCGAAGACGAGAAGGCGUUCAUUUUGGAGUCCUUGAGCAGACUGGAGGAAAACCUUGGCAUUUUCACAAACAGGCUUGCUUCCGGUGACGCCAGAGGUAGUCAAGAAGACGUGCUGUUUGAAGAGCAUGAGCAUACAACAGCUGAUGGGUCUCCUUCCAACGGUGACAAGUUGAGCGGCGUAGCGAAUCUUAAGGCUGGGAUUUCUCUGCUCAAUAUAAGACUGAGGGCACUUGAAGACGACCAGGAGUUUCUCAAGCAGGUGUUGAGUUCCCUCCAAUGCGGUAGUGAUGGACUGCAGUGUAUACAGGAGAUAAGCGGCCAUCUAGCAGAGUUGCGAAGAGUUGUAACUCGCUAAGGAAAAUGGUUUUGCCCCGAGUCCACACUGUUAGGUCAUCGUGAGGUCUUCUCAUGCAGCAGACUAACGAGGGUGCUUCCAGUGAGUGCCCACAAUCCCAUCUAUCUGAAGAUGGAUGCCGUUGCAGGAAAUACCCAUGCUCUUCACUUCUGAUCGGGCUCAACAGCAGACCAAAAUUUUCCAUCUCUUGCACUUGAGUUCCUCAUCGACAUUUGCAGACUACUGAAGCAGAUGGAACUCUAAAAGAAGUGCUGAAAGAGACGAACCAUCUCUUGUAUGUGAUAUGGUGGUUGUUGAGAAAGUAGGAGCAAGCCUGUAACUGUAGAUGUAACCAACCUUGAUGGUUCCUGCCAAGGAGGAGUUAAAUUGUACAUGAUAUAUGCAGUUGACGUAAAGUCAGCGAAUAUCUCCUUAUUCUGGGAUGCAAGGUGUCAUGACAAUC